CCCCGCCCUCCAUUGGCUAAUGCCGCGCCGUACUCCUCUCCCCCCUCCCUACGCGACUAGCCUCGGGUGUGGCUCCACGUGACCCGCGGGAGGACGUACACGCAGGCUGAGCGGGUUCGCAGCUUGGCCUGGCCGGCCUGUCCGCUCCCAGCCCCACCUCCCUUCGGUGGUGCAUCCAGAAGGUUGCGAGGUUGAGACCGAAGAGAAAGGAUGCUGAUGUCUGAGAGAAGGCGAGGGUUUCGCAAAAAGCGGCGAAUGGGACACACCUAGUAGAGGGGAAGGAGCCGCGGGCGAGGAGACCACCGCCACAGAUUCCAGCGGGAACCAAUCAGGAGACGCAGGAGCGGACGGGGCGGGGCUUGGGGCUGCUCACCUGGCCCCGCACGUGUCUAGCUCACCCCGGCUGCCCAGCCAAUCACGGCCCGGGAAGGUGGUCCAAUCCAAAGCCGAGAUCCCAGGAAGCAGGCCUGGCCUCAUGAAUAAUUAAUAUUUCGGAGCCCGUCUGCGGGCGGGGUAAGGAUGGAGGGAGGCGGGGGUGCUGCUGAGAGCCUGCGCAGUAGCUGCCCGUGUCGGCAGCUGCAGCGGGUCGCACAGCUCUGGCCCUUCUCGAGGGGCGGGCGGGGGAGGUGAGGUGCACGAGCAGGGCUCAGGGCACGAUGUCCGACGCGGGCGGCGGAAAGAAGCCGCCUGUGGAGCCGCAGGCCGGGCCAGGCCCGGGGCCAGGGCGCGCAGCUGGGGAAAGGGGCCUGCCAGGCUCCUUCCCCUUGGUCCUGAAGAAACUGAUGGAGAACCCCCCGCGCGAGACGCGUCUCGAUAAGGAAAAGGGGAAGGAAAAACUGGAGGAGGAUGAGGCAGCAGCCGCCAGCACCAUGGCCGUCUCAGCCUCCCUCAUGCCACCCAUCUGGGACAAGACUAUCCCGUAUGACGGCGAGUCUUUCCACCUGGAGUACAUGGACCUGGACGAGUUCCUGCUAGAGAAUGGCAUCCCUGCCAGCCCCACCCACCUGGCGCAGAACCUGCUGCUGCCUGUGGCAGAGCUAGAAGCAAAGGAGUCUGCCAGUUCUUCCACAGCGUCCCCCCCGUCCUCCUCCACUACCAUCUUUCAGCCCUCUGAAACCGUGUCCAGCACAGAAUCUUCCCUGGAAAAAGAGAGGGAGACUCCCAGUCCCAUUGAUCCCAACUGUGUGGAGGUGGAUGUGAACUUCAAUCCUGACCCUGCUGACCUGGUUCUCUCCAGUGUGCCAGGUGGAGAGCUUUUCAACCCUAGGAAGCACAAGUUUGCAGAGGAGGACCUGAAGCCCCAGCCCAUGAUCAAAAAGGCCAAGAAGGUCUUUGUUCCGGAUGAGCAGAAGGAUGAAAAGUACUGGACAAGACGCAAGAAGAACAAUGUGGCAGCUAAAAGGUCACGGGACGCCCGGCGCCUAAAAGAAAAUCAGAUCACCAUCCGGGCAGCCUUCUUGGAGAAAGAGAACACAGCCCUGCGGACGGAGGUGGCCGAGCUACGCAAGGAGGUGGGCAAGUGCAAGACCAUUGUGUCCAAGUAUGAGACCAAGUACGGGCCCUUGUAACCCGUGUCCACCACCCGGGCGGGGUGCUGCUUGCACCUCAGACCUCUGCCUGGGGGCUCCCUGAAACCCCUCACGCACGUGGAGACUUAUGACUCGUCAUGGGCGCGUGGCGGCGCACGUGCUGCAGGAGCGUCCUGUCUCAGCUUCAUUAUCACACGGCCAGUGCACGUGGCAACUGCCCUGGGGGCGCCAGCCUCCUCACUGGUGGGGAGCAUGAGAGAAUCUACGCAGACCAGACGGAUGAAUCGGCCUUAGUUUCUAUUCUGGGAUGUCCUGGUUAAAUCGGAAUGGGACCUCUGGAGUUUAGAUCUCUCCUUUCACAGGGCACUCAGGCUUCUUUUAACACUCCCUCAGUCUCCAGCGUGGGCUGCUGGGGGCUGUCUCUGAAGAAUGAGUCACGAUUGUUGUCACCCUUAUGUCUUCUCAGGUAGCAGGGUGCAUUUCCACUUGGGGGUCUAUCACGCACCUCAUCCUCUCCAGAAAGUCUUUGAGGGAAACAUCUGUUCCCAUCUUCCUUGGAGUUAGAAGGACAAACCAAAUCCUCCGUUAGUGUCUGCAUGGGUGACAGGCCACAGGAGUGGGGUCUCUGCACAGCCUGGGUGGGGUUUGCAUCUGGAGCCUGUAGCAGGAGUUUACCCAACUGUUCUUAGCCCCAUCCCACUAUUCCCUGGUGGCUCUGAGAUCUGGAUGCCAGGGAGGAGGCCCUGGUGAUUGGCACUCUGCAUUUCAUGGGCAUGGAGGGGAGAUUCCAGGUCAGCUGGUCUCAAGCCCUGGCUGCCAGCACAGAGGGAGGCCUUUUCACCUCCUCUCUAGGCCAUCUAUGGAGGCCACCUGACUCUCUCGUUUGUUUCACCAGACUGGUCCUCUGGGGUUUACUGUUUCUUUUACCUAGUAAUCAAUCUCAGAUCAUAGGUUUAACAUGAAAACUCCCCUUAUCUAGGAAGGUUUAAUUUCCUGGAUUCCAGGAUGCAGCUUCCUCAUGGUGUUUAGAAAACUGGCCUCCACAGGCCCUUACACUGUGGGCAUGAGAGCUGGCGCAUGUUUCUUGAGAAACACCUGUUUUUUCUUGUCCUAUUCACCAGUGUGGCCCAGGCCAGAGUCCACUCUCCUCUGAGGCAGAGAGGCCAUCCUAGUUCUUGGCUUACUAUCCCUCCUGUGUGAGCUACCCAGAGAAUGUCACUAGGGCAGGGCACCUAGUCCAGGGCUGCCAAAGUCACAGUGCAUCCCUUAUGGGAAUAGCAGGCUCUUGGGAUAUUUACACAGAGUCCCCUUGAUCUUGGUACCAGGAGAUGGGGCCACCCACAUGAGCCUGGGUAUGGUAUGGAGGGAUUCUCAUAGCCGUGGCUUCCUCUGCCUCACAGCUACUCCUAUGUCCUGUGUCUGGCUGGACUCGUCCUUUUGCUCUGCCCAGAAGAUUAACUGAGGACGUUUGUGGAAACCUCUGCUCAUUUGGGUCAGUUGGAGCACUCUGGAGAUGGGUGUGUUUAUUUGCUUAGGGCAGGCAGCUUAUGGUGAAGAGGAGACAGAGGUGACCGGCGUGCUUUGUCUCAUAUAACACUGGCUUUAUUUAAAGUGGUGGCUCAGAGUCCCAGGCCGAAUAUGUAAAGACUUUUCAUAACAGAUAUUAAGACCAGGCCAUUGGCCGCACCCCCAGGGAAUGCCAUGGCCUUCUAGGGGCCUGCACACCCACCUCUCUGGGGAACUUAACAAGGGUCCCUGAGGCCAAGGGAGGUCACCCCUCCCUCUAGGCCCCUGACUUUUACUUUGUGGUUCUAUAAAAACUAUGUACACACUUUUCACUCUGUUGUAACCACACAGGGCAGGUGCAUCCAGCAUGUCAGCGUCUGCCCUGGGCAGCUUGCCCUCCCGGGCACUCUCCCUCUGGUCUGGCUACUCACCAAGAGGACAGUUGUCACUUUGUUAUUGGUGGAAGAGCCUCUAGCUUAAAAGCUCUUCAUUUUCUUUGGCCAGAAGUGUAUGGUUUAUGCUUUUUUAGUUUGAUUUUUUUUUUAAGGGUGGACACUUAAUCUCUGAAUGGUGUCCAUGUUCCAACCCCAGUGGGUGGGGUGAUGGCUUGAUGUCUCUCCUCUUUGUUCCACCUGCCUAUUCAGUGCCCUUCCCUUCUUCCCCCCAGGCAGUGGGUGUCGGGUCCCUCCUAAAGUGCUUACUUGGAAAGAGUGUGGCUGCGGGACUCUUUUAGAAGAGCCCCUUUGAGUAGGAGCCUGGCAAGGACAGAAUAGAGGAUGUCCACAGAGGUUGACAUUUUAGGGAAGAGAAGUGCUCAGGUAAGGUCAUUUCCUCCCUGGCCUAAGAAUUGAGUCCUUGCAGGGGGAAAGGGUCGGUGCCUGCUCAGUUUCCAUCAGGGAAAUGAGAGUCUCCCUCACUGUCCAUGGUUCCUCUCCAUCUUGGGGCUGACAGCUGAAGACAGAGGCUUCUGUACCCAGAUCUUGACACCUACAAAGCACUGGAGGCUAGAAAAACUGACUUAACCUUGGGUUUCCAUGGGUUCACGAUGGACUUGGAGGUGCCAUCCACUUCCUAGGUGUUCUGUCUGCAGCUUUGUGGCAGCCUUGCUGUAACCUCAGAACAGACAAAUCAUGAAUGAGCUGGAACACAGCAAGAAUAUACGUAUUAUAAAUGUAUAUAUGGAUAGAAGUACAUACAUGUUUCAAGAGGGAAAGAGCUUUUAGCAAGACAACCUUCAACUCUGUGAAGGCCCUGGGUAGCUUAGCCUUGGCGGACAGAAGGGGUUGCCUGUCUGGCUCCUGAGGUUGGGGCAGUCACUUAACAGUGAACCUUAACUCUGGGUACAUGUCACCCUGCUGAGAGGACUGCUUGUGGCCCUGGGCAGGCAGCUUCUAUAGUCCUCUGGCCUGAGGCAGAGUGGUGGGCAUGAGAGCCAGUAGAGGAAGGCCCCUGUGUGCUGGCAGCUUUCACUCUGCUCCCUGUAACACAAAGGGCCGAGGAGCUUCUGUUCUCACGGCAAAGCUCCGCCCCAGAGCUCCCUUUAACAUCUGCUAAUUAAGUGCAAUAAAUUUUUCUAGAAAAUGGCAAAGAUGACUUCCAGGUGGAUAUUGCUAUCUCUUGGUGUUUGGGAUGCCAGAACACCACUUGGUUUUAUUUUUCUAAGUGCAUGUGACAUGGUAAGAGUGUGUGGGGCUCCGUGUCCUCCCCUGGGAGCUGGCAUUCCAGUGGGCCCCUCUCCUUUACCUUUGUUGGGGGAAGGAGACAAGAGAAAAAUCCCUUCUUCCCAGCUGGAGAGGGCGGAAGCAGACCGCAGCCCAUUGGCCUUACGUGCGUGUGUGCGUACGAGUGUGUUAUUGCUGGUGGGCCAGAGCGACAUGGUGGGGAGGGAAGCUGGGAAUGUAUCCUUUUCAAAUAAAGUUAAAUAUUUUGAGAUGAGAA